CGUAACCCUCCUUAGGUUACAUUAAACCACAUAAUAACAACAACAACAACAACCUCCAUUAAGACAGUAAUCUAUCAGUUUCAUUUACGCAAAUAAACAGUACGGCAAAAUGGAGAAUGUAGAAGUUUCGCAGGGCAACACAGUGUUGUGGCUGUGGGGAGGAGCUGCUCCUACAGAUGAACUUCAGGGUGCAGUGAAGUCCCUACAGGGUCGACUGGGGACAGGGCGAGUCCAGAUGGAACAUGUUCAGAGGCUUGCAAUGGCAAAUCAUCACCCAUCAAGUUUUCAUGUUGCCAUCUCCGGCCUUGUUCAGCCAAACACAGAGGUCAUGUCAGGCGAUACACUUGCGGAGGUUUGUCGAGUACUCAGACCAGAUGGGAAACUUUACCUGGCUACCGUGGUAACAGGGAUAUCAAGCGAUGAGAGCAAGGUGUCAGCAACCCAGAACGUCACAUCUGCUUUGAAGCUGUCAGGAUUUAUAAAUGUGUCACAGCCUAAGGUAUGUGCACUGUCAGAUGACCUGAAGCAGAGCCUGGGCAGUCAGUUCCCCAAUCAGGAUGUGUGCCUCAUGGAGUUCUCAGCCAGCAAACCCAGCUACGAGGUUGGCUCCAGCUCACAGCUCAAACUAUCAUUUGCAAACAAGAAACAAGAUGUUCCCCACACCAGUGGUAACUCAGCUGCAGUAUGGAAGCUGUCAGCCAUGGACAUGGGUGAUGAUGACAUAGAUCUGGUGGAUGAUGAUGAACUGCUGGAUGAAGAAGACAGGAAAAAGCCUGACCCAGCUUCACUGAAAGCGGACUGCGGUACAGGAGAUGGCAAGAAGAAAAAGGCAUGUAAGAACUGCACAUGUGGCCUGGCAGAGGAAUUGGACGCUGAGGCAGGAAAGAAUAAACCAUCUGCGCCCACAUCCUCAUGUGGAAAUUGUUACCUGGGUGACGCAUUCCGGUGUUCAAGCUGCCCAUACUUGGGUAUGCCUGCAUUCAAGCCUGGAGAGAAGAUAGCCCUGUCAGACAGGCAACUGAAGGCAGACAGAUAGUACUGUGUGCAGGAACAACAACUCUGUCUCCCUCUGUGAUCUUGUUGUACUAGAGCUACUGAUCCUGUAACGUUUUGUCACUUGGUGCAGAAAAUUAAACAGUUUUUGAGAAUUGGACCUUGUGAAAAUAUAGUAAGGAAAAAUGUAUUUUUUAUGCUUUUUAUUAUGAACCUUGAACAUGGCAUUCCAUGUACAUUUCUUGUUUGAUACUAUUGUUUGCUUCCAAUAUGGGAGUUUAAGUUGAAAGAAGAAAAAACAACACUCCAGUGAUAAUGAAAUGUAAACUUAUUCAGGAGUUUUUAUGAAUUUUGAAUUAGUGAUCAUGUGCGGUAUAUGCAGUAUGUGUAAUAAAUUUAUGUUUUGUG